AUGUCUCUAGAGGGGGACAGCGGGUUGCCAAGCGAGGACAUCUCCAGUCUCACGGAUGCUCAGGAGCAGGCCCUCUACAUUAUCGCCAUCGUUUCCGCGCUUUUGAGUUUUUGGGGAAGUUCCAACAUUAUCUACAUGGUUCUUUCGUCGAAAAAGAGAAGUCCCUAUCGCAGAAUAUUGUUGGGCCUCAGCUGCUGUGAUCUGGUGAGCAGUGUCGCGAUUGCUCUUCAGGGAUUUCUCUUGCCCAACGAGACUUCUCAAAGAGUGUGGGCUUUCGGGAAUGACACAAGUUGUACUGCUCUGGGAUUCUUGCAACAAUUUUCCUUUAGCAAUGCUUGGUACAAUGGAUCUCUCAGCUUGUACUUCCUGCUGACAGUUCGAUUUGGUUUCAAGGAACAGCAACUUGCUAGAAGGGUCGAGCCAUUCAUGCACAUUCUUUCCAUUGGAUACCCCCUCGUCACCGCUACUAUUGGAGCGGUGAUGGGAGUCUACAACGAGGUUUUGGUUGGGAUGGGUUGUUGGGUAUACGACUACCCUCACGGCUGCGGCUGCAAUCCUGAGGAUGGCGAAGAUGCCGUGUGCUGUGAAUCGAUUGCCAUCAGCUGGGUUUUUGCGGGCAUCCCCGCCAUGAUUAUCUUUAUUGUCAUCUUGACCAGCAAUAUAAUGGUUUAUCUUCAUGUUAGGCAAACCAUCGUACGGAGCAGGGCCUAUCUACAUUCCUCCAUUGGCGCAUCAGCUGGCAACCAACUCAAUCAGCAACAGACCAAAAGAAUUAAGGCAGUGGCAACCCAAGCCUUCUUGUACGUCGCAUCGUUCUUGCUCUGUUUUUUGCCAACAGUUCUGUUACGAUCAUUAGAAAUGAGACAUUUCCAUGCAGAAGACGAAGAUACCCUGUAUCCUUUGCUGAUAAUUGUGUCCAUCACCCUCCCGCUCCAAGGCUUCCUGAAUGUUCUGAUUUAUGCGAGGCCAUCCUACCUGGUGGCCCGAAAGGAUUUCCCGGACCAAUCUAGGUUUUGGGCGUUCCGCCGCGCCCUCCACGGGGACAAGGUGCAACAAAGGAACGACGUUUCUCACUGGCGCUCAUCGAUCAAGAAGGUUGUUUUGAGAAGCACAAGGCGCGAAACUGCAAUAAACAUGGAGGUUGACAAGCACAGAUCUGGGCUGAUUGCGGAAUUUCAAAAAAGCAACCAGAGUACGCUGGAAGCCUCCGGUGACUCUGCCAACCCGGACAGUUCUGCCCAGUUUCGCCAAAAGGGCGAUCUGUCAGGAGAAGAGAAACAUGCAUCAGGCAAAAUGAAUCCUUCGUUCACCACUGGAGACGCCGGAUGCGCUACCUUUCCCGGGGGCUCUGCUAUUGAGACUAGUAAUGAGUAUGGAGGUGACGAAGGAGAAGCAGUCAACGGAACCAGUGAUAUACGAGAAAACGGACUGGAUUUAAAUGACACCAGCUCUCCCGCAGCGGAGGAAGAUACUGCAGCACGGCAAAGUUAUGAUGGCUCGACGACAGACUCUACAUGGAACGAUGAAAAGUGA